AUGCCAAAAAGGAAAAAGAAUUCGACCAACGACGUUUUAAUAAAGACGACUAACGGCGAUCGGAGCCAUAAUAACUCGUUUAACAUGAAGAGUUUGAGCUCUGAGGAAAGUUUGGCGAAGAAAGACGAUGAAGAUGAUCUACGCCAGGUAAGCUGACCAGAUUUCCCGUGACCGUGACAUAGACAAUGAUACCUUUGAUUGACUUAAUUUGUAGGAAUCGGGAAACGGAAAAAUGAAAAUGCUUCGUUUAUAAGUGGAAGUGUACUUUGCCCUUAGUACUACCCACUUAUAAGUGGAACAAAAAAAAUUACAAAGACAAGUAGGGAAAUGAAACAAGGUAGAGUUGACAGCUCAAAGUUAAAAUGGGAGGCAAACAAGUUGGCUAUUUACAAGAGAGCACCAAGAAAAAAGAAGAAACCUCUCUUGCUAUGUAGCAAGUUUAACCUCUCGCCCAAUCAUAUACCCGAUGCUCUCCAGGUCACUCUCCAAGGAAGGGCAUGAAACCGUGAGUAAAGAUUGCUGGAAAUAAUUACGCGUGAUACACUGAGGCUGUAUUCACACUAUACAGGAUAGUUUUUGCGCCGUCUCCAAAACCAUACCGUAUAGGCUUCUGUUCACAUAUAAUAACAGUGAUUUCGGCGCGAUUUCGGAGCGAAGCAGCGCCCACGCUGAUCUCGAAAGUGGAGAGUGACAAAUCGGAUAGCAGUUCAUACUAUACCGAAUUGAAUCAUUUCUCAUUAAUUAAAAACUCGGUUACAUUUUUGCAGACAGCCAAUGUGGCGACCAUCUUUUUGAGGCUCCGGCCUGUUGAAUAAAGUAGGUUUGAAACAGGAACUUCCGCCUGGUGCAGAGCCGAAUCUUUAUGAUGUUACGUUUGCGUGAUCUGAUUGAAAUUUACAUUCUUGGCCUGCAUUAAAAAGUUUACAUAGGAAGUGUUGAGGACAUUUCAAACUCUGAAAAGACCCUAUUAUGAAAAGAAUGGGAUUAACAUAAGUCAACAUAGGCAAAAAUCACCCGAAUCACGCAAGAUAUUUGAUUGAUUUUCUUGGUACUAUACGCCGAACAAAGAGCAAAAAUUGCUCAGAAAAUGUAUUCAAGUUCUGCUCAAGGACUUCUGCUAUUUGACAGAGAAUGUAUGGAUGUAUCUCAGAAUUACAAGGUUAUCGUUUGCAAAGUUACUAAGAAUGCAUAUCCAAAGUAACUGCAACUGACAGAAGCAUUUAAAAUACACUUCGCGAGAGAUCACAGUUACCAGAACUAAGUCAUCCGGGAUUUGAGUUUUCUCAAUAUUAGUCGCCAUUAGAUGCUUAAAUAUUGCAAAUCAACCUGUUUUAAGAUCAUAGAUAAUAAGUUUGCUUUCUAAACGUUGAAUUAACUUGCAGAAAGCCCCUAAAUCACAGCAACUCCAUCAGGCUGCCAUGUCCGGUGAUGAAGGAACUGUGGAGGCAUUGAUUUCCAAAGGAGUGGGUGAGUGAUAUUAUCCCCUCUUCCAGCGAGAAAGUGUAAGCAAGACUGCAUUAUGAUUAACGAGAACAAUAGUUUAAUCCUUAGAGGAAAAUGAAGGAAUAUAUCGCACUGAUAUGAUCUAGAUGGGGCUAGGAUGAGAUGCUAGGUAGUGGACUGCAGCAGCCAGAGAUUAUUUUUAAACUUAUGCGAAGUGAAAAGCCAUAUGAAAGUUCACAUUUUUUCAAAUUGUAACCCCUAACUACGUUAUCAAAAACUACUCACGAGGUUUUAGGACCCCAGAGCUGCAGACCAUCAGGUGAGAAGGGGCCCAGGACCGUUUAACAAUCUGGGAUCCAAAUGAAGGGUUCCAGUUUCCUCAAAUUAUGCUGAUGUUUUUAUGUAACUUAAAUUGUAAAGAUCUGGGCUCCAGUCUCCACCCUUGGGUGAAUGUAUCUAACUCUCUAUGCUUUUGCAAUGUUGUUUGAAUAAAACCGAUCUCAGAGUGAAUGAUGAAGCUUUUGAUUUAAUUUUAAGUCUGUGGACGAAAUCGUGUAGUGCAAUCAUUCGCAUGAAACCUCUUCAGCAGCACUUCUACGUGGUACUUGUUUUGUACUUAGUUCUAGCUUUUGAGUACAUGGACAAAAUCCUGCGGUCAGGGGAGAAACCUCCGGUGCAUCUUUCACAUAGCACUUUUUGUUAUUCAGCACCUCACUUUGGCCACUUGUAGGAAGGAAGAUUAACCAAGUCGUGCAAAUAAAACAUACCGUAAAUCCUCUAUUAAGCUCCCUCCCCUCUCAUAUAAGCCCCCACUCUCUAAUAACCGCUUCCCCGCUUUUUUUUUCAGGGGAAGAAAGUUAAUAAGCCCACCUCUCUUUUCAUUAUUCCUCGCUAAUAAAUGAUAGACUGUAUUAAUCAUUCACGACUGCAAAACGUCGUGUGGUCUGAUCUAGGACGGUUUAUUCACCAACUCGAAGUUCGGAUUUGUGUUUGAUCCUCUGCUGCAUGACCUCCAACUUCUUGUACUUGAGCUUUUCCACUUUGUAUUAUAGUUCUUUAUGGAGAAGGUAUAUCAUCGUGUUUGCUAAAUUCAAUAAUCCACCCUCUCAAAUAACCCCCGUCUCUAUUAAGCCCACCUCAAAUGUGUUUGAAAUAAAUAAGCUCCCCGGGAAGGGGCUUAAUAGAGGAUUUACUCUGCGUUCGUGCCCUUCAUCGCAGAUAUUGGUGUCACAGAUGGGUUCGGUCGCACACCUUUACACAAUGCAAUUCUUGGAAAGCAGAUGGGAAUAGUAGAGAUGCUCCUCAACAAGGGCGCAGAUGUCCAAGCUCAAGAUGAGAGGAAGGACACACCACUACACACAGCUGUGAGAGUAGGCGACGAAAGAAUACUGCAGGUAUAGAUUACGGGUGACACGAGUAAGAUCAUACUUAAAGAUACCUUCACGAUAUCGGUCAUUUCUUCCCCAAUGCUAUCUUGAUUUCGGCCUUUGUGCUCCACGUUGGGGCUAAGCGUGUGGGCAAUCCGCCCUCACUGACAAAACAGAGUGGCGCCACUAUAAGCUAAAGAGGAACCUGGUAAACUUUUUGCCUGUGGAAAUCCGGAAUCGGGAAUCCGGAAUCUAGAAUUCAAGACUGUCUUGGAUUACCUUACAUGAGGCGAACGCCCACCUACUCCCACCCUAAGCCAACAUUUACAGUAACUUCUCACUUAAGGCAAAGUGUUGGCUUAGGGGAGGGGUAAGUGGGCAGUUUCCACGUAUAAUGAACCAGACGAACAGUAAAUUUCGGUAGCAGGAAAUUACCUUUCUGCUAGAAAAAAGCAGCUAAAACUGCAAGUUGAUUGAUAAGUUUUUAAUUUUCCGCCAUCGUUUGUGUCAUUAGGCGCUGCUGCGAAACUCACAAUGUGACGUUAAUUCCGCUGGCCGCGCUUGUGUGACUCCCCUUCACCUGGCAGCUGGAAUGGAUCGAGUUAACGUCUGCAAGAUACUGGUAAGUAUGAUGAUGGUGACGAUAACGAUAGAAGUCUAUCAAAAAAUUGUGAACGCUCAGGGUGCAGGGGUCGAGCUACACACCUGAGUUGCAAAUGCGCGUGGGAGGAUGUUAAGCACUAAAAAGGGGUAAGGAUAGGAAGAGGCCGACAAGAGCGCGUAUGCCUUGGGCCAAAUGUAAACGGUUAGUUGACCAGUUAGUGCGCGCGAUUUACUUUGCUUAUGUUAUAAUUACAGUGUUGAUGACGAUGAUUAUGGUGAUUAGUGUAACAAAAUGAUAGCAAUGAUGAGUCACGUCCAUUAUACUUCCUUUCCGUUUCUUCUCUUAAGUGAUAAAUAUUUUGUUAUUAAAAACGCUUUCAUAGCCAUCGAACGUUUUUAUUCAUGGUUUAGAUUGAACAUCGUGCAAGGGUUGACAUAAUGGAUGAAGACCAGAUGACUCCCUUGGGUCACGCGGUAGAAAGAGGGGCCAAAGAUGCUGUGGAGUACUUCUUUCACUACAGUAAACAAAACAUUUUCCCUUAUUACUACAAGGAAUAAAAUCGUUUAAUGUACUUUGGAUGGAAGUCUAAAUUAGAAACCUAGGGCGCGAUCCAUUCAACCAUAAUUUCCGGAAAUGGAAUCGGUUCGGUCCAACCGGAAAAGUUUCGAAAAAACGGGUCCACCUUCUGAGGUGGACCACUUUUCCCGGUCGGACCGGUUGGAAUUUUAGUUAAAUAGAUCGCGCCCCUAUUGUCAACAAAGAUGUGAUUUGGCCAACAUUGUUUGCUUUCAGUCAAAACUCAGCAGCUGAACUUGGAGUCGUUUCUUUACAAAGCGGAUAUGGAUGGGUCGUCUCUUUUACAUAUGGCUGUAGACAGCGGCAACCUGAAGGUUAGCUACUGAUAAAUUUCUCCGUAUUUAUGUAGUAUUAAUUGUAACCUGCCCCUGGGAAUACUUGCACGAAUUUAAUCUUGUCUUUUAGCAACUUGUAAAACUGGAGGUCAUCUUUCUAGUAUGUGAUAACAAGGUACUUGAGCCAAGGAAAUUUUUUUGAAAAAAGACAUAAGAAACCUGUUUGACAGCCUAAUAGGCGCUACCUAUUCAUAUCUUAUCUUUAUCUUUGGCUUAAAAGACACACUAUGGUAUCCGUUGUCGAUUACCAUGAUAAUGAUAAUGAUGAUGAUUAUGAUGAUUCAGUAUGAUUGUGAUUAUGACGAUGCUCAGUAGAAGGUAGACGACGACUUUGACACGGAUCAUAUCCAGAGGUCUGACCGUUAACUCUUUUCAUAAAGGUGACAGUUCUAUUCUUUUACAGAUUGUUGAACUGUCUUUGCAGAGUGGUGCAAGAGCAAGAUAUCCAAAGGUUGGUUUAUAAACUUAAUUGUAGGAUGUAAUAUGGUCUAGAGCUAGCAUAGCGUUGAGUUUGUUGAUACGCGUCUGAUGAUUAGCCUUUAUUAUACGUUAAAGAAAUAACAUAUAGGGGUCCUGCUAAUGAAAUAAGACAUUUUCAUGCAAGGCUACGCCAUUUUUAUUUGCAGGCCUCCGACAGAAGCACAGCGUUUCAUUUGGCAUGUGGACAAGGUUCUCUCGAGACCGUAAAACGUUUGGCCAAUCAUGACCCUUCCAUCUGUCGAAUAAUGCUGAUUGACUUUAAAGGGCAAACUCCUCUUCACAAAGCUGCCGCGAGUGACCACGUGCAUGUCGUCGAAUAUCUUCUAGAUCAGGUAAAAGUGGUUAAUUUCAACACGUCAUAAUUAUGGUUUCUCGUUUAGUCACCUGAUUCCUUCUGUAGGCUUUCGUUGAGUUUCGAUCCAACUUAGCGGCAUAAAUUCAUACAUGCCACACAGUUUUAAUUAGAUUUCAAAGGAUAUGAUCGAAAAAGAUUAGGUAUGAAAAACGUUGCAAGCAAAAACCUGUCUUGCAAUAACCAUCUGUUGAAGAUUACUAUCUUCUAGAGCCAAUUUCAUUUGGCAAUUUAUCCUUCAUAUCACAUAGGGUGCCGCUGUGGAUCCCCCUGAUCGAGACCGCUGUACCCCCCUCUUCAGAGCAGCAGAGAAGGGAGGCGUUGAGACCAUUCAAUUGUUACUCGAGCGAGGCGCUGACGUCACAGUCAAAAGCGUACAGCAAAAAUCAGUUCUUCAUGCCGCUGUUUCUCAUCCUGGUGCGAUGGAGAUUCUUCUAAAGGUGCGUUCCUUUACAUAACUUACAAAUCAUGUGGUUAGCUGAUACAGAGUGUUUUCACUCGCGUGGCCAGCGUCUAUGCAUAUUUAUUGGAACAAAAGAAAGCUUUUGUAUGCGAAAUCCCACAGGAUUGGUUUGGGACACCAACAUGGCCGCCGUUUCAUUGUCUUGGGACACCAAUAUGGCUAAUAGAGCUCAAUCCCAAAAGGCCUCAAAGAGGCCAUUUCCAAGUUCCACAAAAUUAAACUCUCGCUAUUCAAACGAGGCUAAGUGAAAAACCUUUCUUGGAAAAUGAGUCAGUUAUCUGCAUGGGAUUAAGAAAUUCAUUUUCACAUCAAUGGCUUCCUACUUAGCCUCGCUUUAAAACAAAGGUUUAAGAGGAACUCGGGAAUUGUCUUUUGCUUUGCCAUUGGAUAGAAGAUGGCCAAAAUGGUAGCGUGACUAUAACGAUUUAUUUCUGUCCAUUAAUUUUCCUUUACAUAUCCUUUCUGUACUCGUUGUCUCCUUAGAAGGCCUUAUAACAACAUUUUGUCUCAGCAACUUUUUCUAAGGAAUUAGACAAGUUCAACAAUUUAUAAUUAACUCGCGUAGAAGCAUCCCUCCUUUAUAUUUCUCCCUUGCAAUAACAUUGUUUUUAUUUUGUUGUUGUUUAAUUUUUUGGAAUAUAAAGGAACCAUCAUCAGCAUAUCUUAUAACUGACAAAGAUCACAGGAGCUUUACACCGGUACAUUAUGCCGCUGGGAAAGGACAAGCCAAGGUAAGAGUAGUAAGUGACAGGGCGAAGAUUUCGAAAGAUCAACUCAACUCAUCAAAUCAGGAUCAGCUCAGUCGGUAGUAAGCGCGCUUGACAGCAGAGCGGUAGGUCUUCGUUUCUUUUGCUGGGGCCGGACCAAUAAUGAAGGUCUUAAAAUAACUGAAAAAAAGGAAGGUGCUACCUUUGUCCUGCGUGCUAAGGGAUAGACCUUCGUGUGGCUCGGAUGACCACGCAAAAUGGCGGUUCUGUAUAAAUAGUGUCCUCAAUUAUUUCUUUGGUGCUAAAUAAAACGACGAUUAUGCCCUACACAAAAGAUUUUAUUUUGAUCUCUCUGAUUGAUAAAGCAUUGAUCACUACUCGCAAGGAGACUAAUAUGGUGAUAAUCCAUCAAAUGAAUCGCUUGUUCUCAAAAAGCCCAUAUGAAUUCGCCAUGCGAUGCACGAAAAUUAACCUGAAUUAACUUGGAUUACCAACACCAAAGCGGAUAUUCCCAAAAUGCUAUUGCUCCGGCUAGACUUUGUUUCCCAUCUGCUAGGACUUCAAAAGAACGAGUAAUCGAAGCCACGAAAUGUGACUUAAAACUAAAAGAAUAAACUACUCAUCAAAGGAACAAUAUGAUUGAUGUAUAGUUAGACUAUGAUUUGUUGCAAAAAUGUUUGGCAGCGACAUUCACUACUGCAGGCUUUGUUGCGUCAUGAACAGGUCCAAACACGCAUGCCCAUAAAUGAUAUAAUUUAUACAUCAAUGACAUGUAUUAGUUACACCCUAAUGUACAACUUUUUUUUAACCUUCUGCAUCUUCUUCAAUUUUUCAGAACAUUUCCCUUCUGAUGGAGACAAAUAAAGCUGCCGCUGGUGUCACAUCAAACGAGCUUGACACACCCCUACACAUUGCAGCCAAGUAAGAUUUAACAAUCGCGGUUUGGAAUAAUAGUGAACAUUGUACAAAUAGUGAUGGGAAAAUUUUACUUUUGUACGGCCGGUUAUGAUUAGUAUAAAGACAAUUGGUAGAGGGAGUUUAGUUGAAUUUCAAAUGAAACACUCACUCUCGUGUUUGAUAAAAUACAUCUCAUUAUUCGAAAAUCAGAUGAAACACUCCUUCUCGUGUUUGAUUUGUACAUCUCAAACUCAUUAAUAAUUCAUAAAUAAAUACAAAGGAAAUUAAUAUUAAAUGAGUGUUUGGAAAUCAAAUGAAAAACUGCUCAUUUUUGCAUCCUUAAUUUUCCUGAUAAAACCGUAUUGUUUGAUAAGUAAUAUCAAGCAUUCGACACAGUGUUUUAUCACCAGAUGAAACAUCUCUAAGUUCGUCAAAAAAACUCCGCUGCGCGUCGUAUUUUCAACUCUCUUGUCGGUGUUUCAUCUGGUGAUGAAACACUGCAUCUCAUGGUCGAUAUGUUACUUGGUUACUUGAAAGUAAAAUAAAAAAACAUGAUUAACUUGUUUCGUUCUAGCACAAUAGGACUUUUUGUUUACUUGUUCUGUUUCAGAUUCGGUUGGUUGGCAAUAGUGGAGAGUCUUUUGGUUGGUCGGAACAUUCGUAUGAUAAACUUACAAAACAACAAAGGAAUGACUCCGCUUCACCUUGCUUGCUGCAAUGGUCAUGAUCAAGUUGUGGUAUUCCUUCUUUCGCAAGGUGCUACGGUAGAAAAGCAAGUACACUGGUCGACGUGUUCCACAGAACAGAGACAAUUACUGAAAACUGCUCGAGAAGGGAACUGGCGCCGAAAUGUGUCCCGCAAUUGCUUCUGGGAACGUUAAAAUGACGUGCCGCUCAGCUACUGGCCAAUUUUUCCCCUGUCCCUAAAACAGUCCCAGAAGUCUUUGCGAAUGUAAACUCGCCCCAGUUUCCCUCUCGGUUCUUUAGUGGCGAUUUGGCGAUACAUUUUGGAAUAAAACAGGAAACUGAGAACUGUUUUUAAAGUUAAGUAGGCAUACUUUGUAACAGUUUAAAUUUUGAGAUGAUCAGAUUUAAACUCCUCUUGGUUUCAGGGAUCAGCAUGAAAAGACGCCGUUACAUCUGGCGGCCAUUCGAGGAUCCAAGAGAUGUGUGGUGUCUAUUUUGGAAAAGCAUCCUGACUGCCUAAACGCUGUCGACGAAAACAAGGUUAACAAUUUCUCUCUUCAAUUCAACGAUGAAACCUCGAGAAGUGUUUCUCUGAUUUUUGAGGCUUUAGACAAAAUUCCUAGUUUAAUGAGAACUUUUCAACUUCCCUUUGUACUGUUUAUUAUGCUGCACAAGGUGGCUCUGACUUUUGAGUCUGAUCUGUGGAUGAAUUACUGCAAUGCAACCAGUCAAAUUAAAGCUGUCAAGUAGUACUUUCCCCUGGUUAAGUUUUUUAUAUUGUGCAAGGUAGCUCUAACGUUUGAGUGCGUCGACAAAAUGCUGUCUAUCAUGAGACCAAUUUUAAAUGGAUCCUCCUUGGGACUUUUUUUCUCAUGGCACUACUUGUUCAGUGUAGUUUUUCAAAGCGAAAUUUUACAUUUGAUAUUGAAAACAUACUUUUCAGUAUCUUAUGCGUUAUUCCCAUUUUUCUCUCAGUUAAGAGGCUAAAGUAAUUAUUCAAGGGGUUAAUAAACCUUUUGUUCCUUACAGAACACAGCAUUGAACCUGGCGUCAUUUGAAGGACAUGAUGAAAUUGUUGUUUAUCUGAUGUCACAAGAGGAUCAAGAAAUCUUAAUGAACUCAUACAAUCAAAACCUCUUGGACAUCGCCCUGAACGAAGAAAAGCGUAACGUUGCUAUGGCAAUUGCUGAACAUCCCAGGUGAAUAUGAUGCAAGCAUGCUAGUCUGCAAAGCAGGCAUAUUUUGCAGUGCGAUCGAUUUGGACGUUCAAACUGACCCACAGUUGGGGCGAGUGAAAAAAUGAUCAUUACAGGGAAAUCUCAGACCGCGGCCUAGAUGUAUUGACCGAGCGAUAGCGUAAUGACUGGACGGACGUCAGGUUAAGUUAUUUAUCAUAUGGUCUUUUCUUUAUGGACCUGAGCCAGCUCCCCAGUCCCCCUCUACUUUUCAUCGCUAUCUUUACUUCGCACCGCUCUCCACUAUCUGAACGCUUGGAACAGGCUAAUAACUGAUCAGCGGAUAACUUUAAAAACACGUAACCUCAAUGAGUCGUACACUUCAGCCCGCUAUACAGUCAUGUAAAAUUGGUCAGCGGAUACACUUUCUGACAGCUGUCGAUCAAUUGACCAUAACAUGGAUUUCCAUAAGAAUGGCCACUAUCAAGUUAAACACAGAUGGUAAAUGCCUUGGACACCUAGCCAGAAAAGCCUGGUCAACACAGGAAAAUAAUGCCCGCUUAGCAGCCAAUCGGAGCGCGCGUACUAUCGUAGCCAUAUACACUGUAAUAAUAUUGAUGAUUUAGCUGCCUGGAGUUAAUUGCAGCUUCAUUUUCUUUGUUUGUUGGUACUUUUAAGGUGGAGAGAGAUCUUGUCAUCCUCAGCUCCAGGCUCCCUCUUAAUGAUGCAAGCGCUGGUUAUAAAAAUGCCGGACGUUGCAGAGGUAAAACGUCAUUUUUAUCAAAUAGCGGCAUCUAGCUCCCCGUGGAAAUGCCAUAUUUAUGUUUUAAGAGACUUACGAUAUAUAACAAUAUAAAAUAAAAAAUUUGUCUUCCUUUAGCGCAUUUUAGAUCAAUGUGUUGUGGAAGAAGGUGACGAAAUGAAACCAGAAUACAAGGUGCGUCGAUAAAUCUUUUUCUUCCCUACUAAAAGACUAGUCUAUCUAUUCAACAACGCGACCAAGUAUGGAGAGGUACGAGACGAAUUCGUUAGACUCAUAUGAGCCUGCGAGCAAGCUCUCCUAUUUGGGCAUGCGAAGUGAGCCUCGUGAGAACGCGCGAGCGAGCGAGGGGCCCCUCGCGGCUUUGCCGCUCGCUCGCGCGUUCUCGCGAGACUCGCUUCACUCGCCCCAAUAGGAACGCUUGCUCGCAGGCUAGACUCAUUUAUCAAAGUGGGACUGUUUUAAUUUCAUUGCGCAAUAUUUUUAUAUGUUUUUUCUCGAAGGUUAAGAAAGACUUGACAGUGGUCCAAGCAAAAUAUGUUCCCAAUCCCGAGAAGGACCAGCUAACAGUAUUAAAGGUAACUAAAUAUGACCAGACCUCAUUGAACAAGCGAAUGGAUUUAAUUUAGGCAGCUAUCAUGACCAGUUACUCAAACACAUGGCUUUAAUUAGUCUAUUUACGUACGCCAAUUCCCUUUUUUUAAAGUUCUUUUGUCGGUUUGAUUUAUUUCUCUGGCAUUGAGGUUUGGUCCUUAAAAACCUCAGUAGUAAUUUACGCAAGAAAUAUGCCGAAACCAGUUUUUUUUUUUUUAUUUGAUAUUUUUCAGACGAUGGUCAAAUAUCGCCGUGACAACUGUCUGACUCACAAAGUCAUCUUCACCUUGAUGCAUUUAAAAUGGUGAGUGAUGAAGACACAGUCUUUAUAAUUCCCUUUAAAAAAGGUCCAAGGAUGAUGUAUGUAUAAUUUUUGUGUCGGUGGACUAAACCAGUUACGCACUGAAGAGUGCUUUCCUGUGGUACAAUUUAUUGAAUGUGCUAUAAGAAGCCCUGCAAGGUGUUCCUAGCUUUAUUUGAGUCUGCGGAUGAAUCAUCUGUGGUCUGACCAUUCAAAUAACAGCUACUAAGAAGUAUUUUACUGUUUUUGUGGGCAUUAUUAUCCCCAGCAAUUUCUUUUUUUUUCGAGCUCGUCUAUUACUUUCUUUUUUUUCAUAUUACUGUCUUGUGUAUUCAGUUAACGGCAGCCAUGAAUACCAGCUCUUCUUCUUGCGUUUGUUCAUUGCCCUAAACUAGGCCCUAGCUUUUAGUGUAUUUGUCAAAAGUAUAAAGCAUUGGUACCGAAUGUACUUGAAAUCGUUAUUGUGAACAAUUCUUUUGCAGGAAAAAAUUUGGUUUUACAUCUCUCAUGUUCAACCUUCUCCUCUACCUCUGUUAUCUGGUACCGCUGACCGCUUUGGCGCUAUAUUCACGAGAUAACGAAAAAGAAUAUUGUGCCUCGAACGACUCCGACACAAGAAAAGUAAGAAGCAGAGUAAUUUGAUGCACCUACCAUCUUGAUUAUACAGUCCAGCUACACACCUAUAGACAACACAGACACCUGUGUAACAGUGAAUUUCCACUGUCGCGUAAUGUUUGGGUGCGUCUACCCGUGUAAAUAAAAUAGAGGCUUGCAAUGUAUCAGGUCUCGUGUAAGCGUUAAAGCACGCUUAACUUAUAUGUUUACGAGCGACACUUCAUACGUAAGCUCUAUUUUAUGUACACGGGUAUAAUUUAGGUGCGUAGGCAAGUAAAAAUUGCGCGGCAGUGGAAAUUCACCUCACACUGGAACGUUUGCUACGAUAUUAAUUUGUGAAUUUUUUGCAUUUUAAGGAUUACCUUGAAACCUUACCUAAAGAAAAGUCUCAUUUGGUAAGUCUAAAAGGUUAAUUUUUGAGUGGUAAUACUUUUUGGUUCUUAUAAAGUAUUAAAAGAUGACUCUACUGUUUUUGACUAAUUUACUUCUUUUUUCUUUAUCAUUUUAGAAAGUUCAAGCAUUGACCUUUGUUGUUAUUGUUUUUACUUCUAUUCACUUGGCUAGAGAAAUCUUUCAAAUGGUUUCAAAGGUAAAUGCCACCCACAUUUAAUGGUAUUUCAAAGUUCUGUAUUAUUUGAGCAGAAAUGUUGCGUAACUUAGCCACCGAGUACUACUUUCACUGUCACAACAGGGUCGAUUUACCGCGACCCGCCCUGUUUUGAUUAUAACCAUCAUCGCUUGUAGGCAGUCGGCUAUUGAAACGUCACUAUCGACGUUACUAUCAUUAGAUAAAAGAACAACAAAGCUAUGAAACUGAGGACGGUCAAACCUUUACAUAGCGGCGGCCAUACCAUCGGAACAACCUUUCGUGGAGACUUUGUCCUAAUGUAGAGGUUAUUUUGAGAGAAAUUUGUCCAGUUUGCACAUUGCACAGCCGUUGCGUAGUGCAGAUAUGGCCAUUUUUGGUUGGAAGUUUUAGGCGAGAUAGAGCGGCCGGCGCAAUUGUCUCUGGGAUGGUUACUGGUGAUAUGCCGGUCAGCUAUUGGCCCACGUUUUCCCUACUUCCCUUGUGACCGCCCCAGAAAUCUUUGCGAGAUUUAACUCGGUCCAGUUCUCGUUUCCUUUCUAAAUUGGCGAAUGGAAAGUCAAUGUAUUUACUAGCUUACGCUGUUUUUGUUACUCUUUACAGCGUGCUAAUUACUUCUUUACCUCAUCCAAUUAUUUUGAGUUGGCUGGUUAUAUCACCACGAUGCUGUUUAUCCUGCCUUCUUAUGACUGUAAGACUGGCACGCAGAUUCAGAUUGGAGCUGUUUCAAUGUUUUUUGGAUGGAUGAACCUAAUUCUUUACUUACGAAAGUGAGUAACAGAAAAACUGUAUUAUGGGGUNUGUUACUCUUUACAGCGUGCUAAUUACUUCUUUACCUCAUCCAAUUAUUUUGAGUUGGCUGGUUAUAUCACCACGAUGCUGUUUAUCCUGCCUUCUUAUGACUGUAAGACUGGCACGCAGAUUCAGAUUGGAGCUGUUUCAAUGUUUUUUGGAUGGAUGAACCUAAUUCUUUACUUACGAAAGUGAGUAACAGAAAAACUGUAUUAUGGGGUCGCUCACAGUCGUCUAAGGCGGGGCUGCCCUCUAAUCUACGUUCUUUUUCAUGGUGGGAUCACUCAAAUUAUCGAGAUUCUGGCAUCCAUGGCCCCAGUUUCCAACAUCUAAGCCACUGGAUAAAUCACUAUCUAGUGGAUAAGUCUUAGGGAAACCAAUAGAGUUAUCCAGGGGUUAGAGAUUUAUCUAUAGUGGCUAGAGCCAUCCACGUUUUGAACAACUGGGGCCUGGUCCGAGUUGUUCAACCACAAGAGCUGGAUAUCCCUAUCCACCUGAUGAAGUUUUCUAAUAGUUUAGCUUAGUGUAAAAAUAAGGAAAUCGCGUUAUCCACUGGACAAAUAUUUAUCUACGGCAUAAUGUGAUCCACCUUAUAAACAACUGGCGCCUGACUGAUCUAACACAUGAUAUGUGGAGCCAUAUGCUGCUAUAUUCAUUUUGCGGGCGGCAAUGAAAAAUUAUCAAAAAAUGUCUUUAUUUAGAGGUGUAUGUGUAACCAACGUCUCAAACAUUUGUGCGUAUUAACAGUUUUCUUCACCUUUUUUCUUAGACUUUCAUUUUACGGAUCAUAUGUUAUCAUGCUUGCCACAAUGUUUAAAACGCUGUUAAAGGUGAGAUCUUAUCUUGUCUUGACUUUAAACGUUUUUCCUCAGCCUCUGUACAGUCUUCCGGUCAUUUGCUUAAUGGUUUAGAUAGAUUUAUUCAUUAACGUGUGUGACGAAAAUGCGCAUGGUCGACUCUGAUCGUACGGCUAAACACCUCACAAGACUUCUCUUUUCCUAACAGCCACUCGGCUUAAUUUGCUUGGCUUCAAAUACUACGUGACCAAAAGAAGCGGCGGGAUCUGGGAACGAGAAUGCGCGCAGGCCCAAUGUAUCGCUCUCCAACCUCGUCCCGAAGGAAAAGCCCUGGAAACGAUUUAAAUUUUGGCUUUGCUGCAGUGCAAUUACCGUUUUCACCAAAUAAAGAAACCCACAAACUUCACCCUUCUCAACUCCAAUAGUCCUUUUUGCUGAAACUGUGUUAUGAUGCUCCUGCAUCCUUAGUAUCAUUUCAUCUUCUUCAGAUUUCAUGCUUUUCUUUGUGACGAAGCCAUAGAGUACAUGGAUGGAGCAGAUUUUUUACUAGUGUCUCCCCCUCGUGUGCGCAAUAUCCCCACGACGUCCUACGUUAUACAUUGGAAAAAUCGUCUUUUGCAAUCUUUAUUCAUACAACCUCCUUAAUGAUGCGUUUUUUUAUUUAUAUUCACAAAAGGUCUUGGUUCUGGUCAUCUUAUUUCUUCUGUCAUUUGGAAUAACUUUUUACAUGCUGAUCGAUGAAAAUGUAAGUACAUAGUCUUGCACCUUUAGAAUAGAACAGAAGUACUGUUGUAGUAGUUCAAGUUGUCAUGCUGCCAUGGAAUUUUGAAUUAAACUUUUUUGAUUAUUGAAAUUGACUUACUUGAAUUUAAUUUCUUUUUAGGAAACGUUCAUCUCGCUUCCUCAUUGGUUAUUAACAGUCUUUGUCAUGACUUUGGGUGAACUGAACUACGCUGAUAACUUCAUGCCAUGGGAAUAUCCUUUCUCAAGUCUCGUCAACUUUCUUUUUGUUAUCUUUGUUCUUUCAAUGCCCAUUAUUCUCAUGAACAUGCUGGUGAGACGUUAACUUUUACAUUGCAAAUUCUUGCAAGAGUUUUCUCUUAUAUCUGGAAAAAAAAGAAUUCAGCGGAAUAUUUCGGAGAGCUUCGUUUUAGUUAUGCAGCUUUAACAUAACUUUGUCUUGAUGCUGCCGCAUAAAAACAUAAACCCCUUUCCACUUAGAAAAAGUGAUGCGUCAAUGUAUAUCAAUUAGCUGUAUAAUGAAAUGCUCCUAAUGGAAUCAUACCCUGUAUCUAUCCUGUCUUUAAAAUAAUUUGACUUGUGGUUUCCUACCAUUUUUGAAGGACAAUGAUUCAUGUAGUCAGUCCCUCUUCAAAUUUAAAUCUAAUCUCCUUCUCCCGANAACUGAACUACGCUGAUAACUUCAUGCCAUGGGAAUAUCCUUUCUCAAGUCUCGUCAACUUUCUUUUUGUUAUCUUUGUUCUUUCAAUGCCCAUUAUUCUCAUGAACAUGCUGGUGAGACGUUAACUUUUACAUUGCAAAUUCUUGCAAGAGUUUUCUCUUAUAUCUGGAAAAAAAAGAAUUCAGCGGAAUAUUUCGGAGAGCUUCGUUUUAGUUAUGCAGCUUUAACAUAACUUUGUCUUGAUGCUGCCGCAUAAAAACAUAAACCCCUUUCCACUUAGAAAAAGUGAUGCGUCAAUGUAUAUCAAUUAGCUGUAUAAUGAAAUGCUCCUAAUGGAAUCAUACCCUGUAUCUAUCCUGUCUUUAAAAUAAUUUGACUUGUGGUUUCCUACCAUUUUUGAAGGACAAUGAUUCAUGUAGUCAGUCCCUCUUCAAAUUUAAAUCUAAUCUCCUUCUCCCGACCUGUUCCAGCUGUAAGUCGUACGAAAAGAGAAUGUAUGUCGAAUAUAAAAAUGAACGCAAAACACCCGAGUACUAGCAGAUCUAGUCCGAGCCACUUUUCUCCCACUAAAAAGAGUGGAACUACCUAAAUCUAGAAUUCAGCAGAAAUAUACAUUAUCGUACAGAGCACACCAAGCACUGCAGAAUUCAAAGUCAAUAACAAAUAUAACAAGAACAGUAAAUGAAUAUUUCAUAUUUUAGUUAUUUACCGGUAAGGUAUGGUUGUUAUCUUUUACAGGUUGGUCUUGCUGUUGGUGAUAUUGACAAUAUUCAGAAGAAUGCUACAAUGGACAGAUACGUCACACAGGUAAAUUUUGCCGUUCAACAUCAAUGAUGUACGAUUACGAUUGUAAAUUGUAAGGGAAAAUGGAAAAGGAAGACGUCAAUUCUCUUUUUUAGUUCCACGAAUUGCUCCUCGUUUCCUGCCUUGGUAGGGAACGGUACUCUUCGUAUUACCCACGUUUUACCCACGGAUGAUCUUGGAUUCUGGAUUCCUCACUCUGGAUUCCGGACUGCAGGGACUGUAUUCUAGAUUCUAUGUCCGGGGACCUUGGAUUCCGGAUUACAAUCGUUAGUGUAAUCCGGAUUUCUUGACCUGUAUUCCGGAUUCCAAAGCCCAGGAUUCCAGAUUUCACAAACAAAAUUUCUCGAAUUCCAGAAUCCGGAUUCCCGAUUCCCUUUCAUGGGGCGAAUAUGGAAAGAAAAUGACAAGAAAGGAGAAGAGGAAUCCCUUGUGGAAUGAUCAGAACUUUUACCAUUGGACCAACAUUUGCGUUUUGCGUUUAGCCACUUGACUGUAAGAGAAAGGCAGCGAAAAUUGUGAAAGAACCGUCUGGAAAAUGAUCAGAUCUUGUCCCCUUGAACAAUUUGUCCCGUUUCCGUUUUUAUAUUUCACAAAUUCUUUGUAACUUUCAUUUUUUGUCUUUUAAGUCUUCAGAUAAAUGACAUCUUAAACAACCUUAAGCUUGCACACAUAUUGCGGUUUACUUCAGGUUUGUUUGAGUUGAUGACCAUUUCUUGUUUGAAAUUAGAUCCAGUUGCUCCUGCAGACUGAGGAACAGCUCCCUCGAUGGCUUCGAAGACUUGUCCAAUUCGAGAAGCACGUGGACUUCCCAAACAAAAAAGCACCAUUAAAGACGCGGGUAAUGAGAAAGAAUUAGUAAUAAUUAACCAAAGGUUGCGGAAUACGGGCGAUAACAAUCGAAGGUCCAAACGCCUUUGCUGACCAACGAUGUGCUUUGCGUAAUUUUCGUGCAUGUGAUAAAUGUUCAAAAGCACGCGUUAUGAGAUUGUGAGUGAUAGAAGUUCUAAAUGCGGGUGAUCAGAUUACGUUCUGUACAAAUGAAGUUGGCUGCAUGUCUGCUGUGCAUACCUAAUGGCGACCUGGAGAUUAGGAGUGCGGCCUCCUUUUGUCCACCGCAAUAAAUAAAAGAAUAAAUAGAGGCUCGGCAUGCAAACUUGUGAACAUAUAAAGAAAACAAGGAGAGGUAAAAUAAGUUCACAUCAAGGAAACAAGAGCAAUCGAAUCCCUUCUUAAAAGGCGAUCAAAUGAAAGGCAGUAGGGACCCUGCCCUAGUAACCUCUUGUUCAAUUCACUAGCCUGCUUCAACUCGGUCUUCAGCCAAAAAAAAGAUUGGCCAAGACAAGGCAAGACAAUUUAGCCUACAUUGUGCUUAUUAGGGGCACUAAUCUCUAACGUAGUCCUCUGAUUUUAAACCGUCAAACACUAUAAUCAUAAUUAACUCUGGUCUGAUUUCAUUACUGGUUUAACCAAGUCUUUACUAAGUCUUUAAAUGACAUUUUCUCCAGUUAUAUAGCGCAUGUGUUCUCCUUAAAAUACGUAGAAGCGUUAAUUUUUUAUCAUUAUGUCGUAUUAAGCUGUAUGAUACCAUUUGUGGGUUUGGACAUCCGGGAGAUGACAGUGAGGAACAGGAAGUGGAAUCAGAGUCUCUGGCGGAAGUUAUGGAAAUCAAAAAUAAACUGGAGGAACAGGACGCCAAGUAAGCCAAUAAGCUUAUUUCAUUCAAAUGGGGUAUAUUUUCACAGACAAAGCAAUAUAGACCUCCUUACCCAAACCAUUACCUCCUUCUCCAACCAAGCUGGCUCGUUUAUCGCAUGGUUUCUUGGAAUAGAGCCUUUUCACUCAAGAAGGCAGCACUAGGCAAAUUUAUUUCAUUUUCAUUGUUUUGGGACACCAAUAUGGCGGUAGUGACGUUGUGUGAAAAUGCUCUAUAGCGAUACAACAUGGUUAGCCCGGGGGUGGGGGGGGGGAGUAAACCUGGGAAUUCUUGGUGAGGGACUGCCGCCCGGUUCUCCAAAUCCUGACCCUUUUUCAGACCAAAAAAUGGCAUUUUCCACACCCGUUUUCAGACCAGACCUCUUAAAUCCAUACCCGUUUUCAGACCUCGCCUUUAGGUAGAAAUUAUGUAAUCAUUACUUAGAUUAGAGCGCAAAAAAAUGCAUUUCGAAUUCGCAGUAUCCCCCACCCCCCCCGGAUUGUUAGGAGGCCUGAGUAUAGGAGAGAAGGCUAGUCAAAAUAAAUGUUGUGACUGAGGGCAGAGUGUGUCAAGCAAUUCUUAGUGGAGGGAAAUCUUUCUCUUUUCUUUUUCAAAGUAGAUGUCAUCAGAAAAAAGUCAAAAAUACGUUUGAGAGCAAAAUAACUGACAUGGACUCGAGGCGACAAUACUUGGUUUUAAGUUUUGACUCAAAAAUGUAUAAAUCGUCAUCGUAUUUGUUUUGGAUGUGGCAUCAUACAUUUCCAUAAACAAAACAUUAAAAUUAAUAUUAUUCGUGAAAGUGAUAUCGAGAGAAGAUCGGUCAGGGAUCAAACAGUAAUCCAGUUGCUUGAUCUUUUCACAAAGACCAUUUUGAAUCACUCAUGAAGUGUAAUCUUAAAGGCGCUAAAUCAGCACACUCUGUUUUUACAAUAUUAGCAUCUGCUUUUGACCAAAAGUGUCAUUAAAUAAUUGGACAGUACAAAAUGCAGGCUGUAGACUGACUGCAGACCAUUGCUUUCAGGGUCAAAGAACAAUUAAUGGGAAUAUUAUUGUCACGUUCUCAUUUGCAUGGUGAAAACAAUGGUCUGCAGCAGUCUGCAGUCUGCGUUUUGUACUGACUGGUUAAACAAUGAACUUGAUAUCGUACCAAAUAGAAAGUUCCUGUCUUAGAAUUAAUGAACAAUUUAGAUAAGAAAUAUACCUUCACUAGUGGAAGAUGAUUUUUCAAUGAUACCUCACUGUCCCGAGUUUUCAAGCAAGAGUAUUUUCCCUGAAUAGAAAUAAUAACACGUGCUAAGGUCAUACAACUCGUAAGCAAUCUUUAGCUCAGAAGAAAGUGUUCCUGAACAAGCCACACAACACAAGCCACACAAAACAAGCCACACAGCCACACAACUAGUUACCUUGGUUAACGAAAUAAGACCAUUUCAUGGCAGGUGCUAAGGUAGAAUCAUGGAUUCAAGAGCGUCCGACUACUUUCUGUCAUCUUGGUUCCCUAAUUCGUAAUCACAAUGAAUUCAUUCUGCACAAAAUUCCCUACUCAGAAAUUGCACACACAAUCACACAAUAUGUAAAAAUGUUUUUAGUGAAAGAGAUUUCCUAAUAACCAAUGAAUGGCCAGAAUGAAUACUUUCUCAUUAUACAGUCAUUAUACAGUAACACAUCUUUUGUUUGAAAAACAAUAGAGAUGGGAGGUAGUUACAAUUAAUUAAUGGUGGCAGGGACUUUUGCACUUUCUAGAAGUUAAUAGAAAAACAACUUGAGAAACAACAUACCCUGACAACAAAUCAUGGAGAGGUAGAAGUCACAAAUAACUAAUGGUGGCUGAGACUUAUGAAAGUCAUCUCAAAAAAUCAAUAUGAAAACCGAAGUUAUUUUGUUAAAAUAAUAAUAAAAAAAACGAAAAAUAUUUUGUUCAAAUAAUAGGUAGACAAACAAACAAACUAGAAUACAAAAAAAUUUCUAUCUGUCGGUGUUGCAUAGGAGUUGAAGUUUGGAUUAAUAUGAAGUAAUUAUUGAGAAUUUAUUGUUUGUAAUUAAAAAGGAUUGUAGAACACCUCUCCUACCAGAGGCUGGAACUAGUCUCGUGUUGGAAUAACAAAAGACAGCAACAGAUGUGGAAUACUGAUCGUACACUAAGCAAUAAUUAAUGAACGGUAAGUGCGCAGUGGACGAUGGGAAGAGAAAAAAGGCUCUCUUUCCUCUUCCCAUCCUCCCCUGCGGGCUUUCUUUUUCCCUCUCCCCAGUCCCCCUCCGACACAAAGUGGCCUCUGCAGAGGAAAGAGCUCAUUCACCAAAUAAACUUUUUUGUCGAUUUCUCUCUUUAGAAUCAAUGAGAUAUGCAGCAUCCUACGAAAGCAGACAGAAAUGUUAAAUAACAUUGCCCAGGAUUCCAAACGAGAGAAAGAGGAAAAUGAACAAGCACGAAAGAGAGAUUCUGAGAAAAGGUUUACUUUAAGGCCAUUUUAAACCUCGCGUGGUGGCUCGAUUCUUAACAAGUAGAAUCAAAAGCAAAAGCAUUUAUCAGACGUUUUUGUUUUAUUUAUUGUGUACAUUGUAUUUAUUUCAUUGUGGUGUAUAA